UGCAAGAAGAGCGAUAGAAUUAGGAGAGCAGCGAGCGAUAUUCAACAAUCAGAGAUUUUGCAGGAGAAGAUUUUCCCGGAAAAUUGUGCCUUUCUCCCCCCAUCCACAUCGCUCGUGUCUCUCUCUCUCUCCCCAUAGUCCUCCUCCAUACCCUUCAAUGCCCAUCGCCUUCUUCCUCGUCUUCUAUUCUUCGGUGCGUGUUGCAUCAAUUAAAAUUUGAAGUAAUAGAAAACCUAAGAUCACCAAUUAUCUAGCCCGAAUAAGAUAAAGAAACCCAAAGAUCACCCUCCUUAUCCCGGAAAAUUUUUCUCCCGACGGUUGGCUUUGGGUGGUCCUCCGGUUCUUUUCCUCGUAAUUUUCUGUCAAACCAAACAGGGUAUUUUCCAAGUCAACCCGCUUCCUCAAGAAUACGCGGCCACAAGUCAAAACAAAAAUAGGCAAUAGAAAACCCGAAACCCGCUUUUCCAAUUCCACCACCUUUCUGGGCUCCGAGGGUCCUUUCCUGUCAAUUUUCCGGGCAACCAAAUAGCGUAUUUUAUGCAUUGCAGUUUUGGAAAGGUGGGGUGACCCCUAAGCUGAGAAAAAGAAGUGGCGGAGACGAGAUGGUGGCGGCAGUGCCGAGCAAGAGGUGGGGCACGUGGGAGGAGCUCGUCCUCGGCGGCGCCGUUCUCCGGCACGGCACCCAAGCCUGGUCCGCCGUUGCCUCUGAGCUCCGAGCACGAACCCUAUGUCCGUACAGCUUCACACCCGAGGCAUGUAAGGCCAAAUAUGAGGACUUGAGACAAUGCUACUCUGGCAGCACAGCUUGGUUUGAAGAGCUACGAAAUAGACGAAUGGCAGAAUUGAGGCAAGAAUUGGAGAAAGCUGAAGACUCAAUCGGGUCCCUUGAAUCGAAACUUGAAAGUCUCAAGGCUGAGAAAGGGCUUGACAACCAUGUCGAUUACAGCGCCAGCAGGACUGAUUCCCCUGUACCUUUAGUGAAAUCAGAGCAAGUUGAAUCUUCUGGUAAAGAUGCAUCCAAGGAUGGAUUAUCUGCCGGCAGUUUCACACAGGAUGCUAGGACAAACUGGUCACCUGAAUGCCAGACUCAAACAACAGCUUCAGUUGCAGAGAUGGAGACAAAACCAGAUAUUUCUGUCUCUUUGGAGCCAAAGAAAGUUUCAAUGAACAUUAAGAAAGUGGUUGAGACCAGCAAUGCACGAGGAGGAACUCCAAGAAAGAGAAGGGGGAAGAGGAAAAGGAAGGACUGUAGUGGGGAAGCUGAAGAAUGUAGCAUAGGGGAGAGUGAAAAUUUAGGAUCAACAAAUGUUGUUACUGCCUCCCAGAGUAAGGAGAACUCAACCAGUGCUUGUGGUCCUGUGGUCAAAGUAUCCAGUGUAAGCAAUCGCAACAGAGGUUCAUGUGGGCUUAAAAAUGACGAUUUGGUGGGUAUCUUUAGCGCUCUUGCAGAAAAUAAAGCUGCCAGGGUCUUUCAACGCCGACUUGAUAGCCAGAAGAGAGCAAGGUACAAGAAAAUCAUCCGGCAACACAUGGAUUUUAACACAAUAAGAUCAAGGAUCGGCAGCUGCUCCAUAAUGUCAGUGAAGGAACUCUUCCGGGAUCUGCUCUUGCUUGCCAACAAUGCCUUGGUGUUUUACUCCAAAAGAACACGCGAAUACAAGACUGCCCUGGUGCUUAGAGAUACCAUCACCAAAGCAUAUCAAGAAAACUGCAAUGAGUCCACCAUCAGGGCUGCUGCCUCUCCCAUUUUUCCCCUCUCCCCCAUGUAUAGUAAUCUUCCUGUAAAGCCUCGUAGCAUUCGCCAUUAUAGACGUAAACUGCCAGGGAAACUACCAAACGCUGAGGACAUCUUUUCGAGGACUAAAAGGCCGAGUUUUCUAGAGAAUAUAAUCGUGGGUAGAGCUCCUGAAAGAUGUAAAAGGCCAGGAAAUACUGAUUCUGUACCGGCCAUGGAGUCAGCGAAGACUGUGAAGAAAGGCUCGAGUUUGAUGGGGAAGAUGGUACGAGGCACGACGAAUCAACGAUCUAAAGCUCCGGGGAAGGAGAGGAAGAGAGCUCAGAGAAGAUGAAGCAGAAUGUUUGUUUAUAUUCCCUUUGUCUCUUUUCUGUUGCUUCAUGGUCUAGGAUUAGGACUAGGCUGUACAUCAUAAAAUUGGUCUUGUUUGCCAUGGUUUCUGGACUAAAAUCUCACAACUUUCUUGUAACCCUGAUAGGAAAUUAGCAAUUAGGUUCACAAAGAGACCAGGGAAGGAAACAGAGUUAGAAAGAAAUGUAUGAAGCUGUUAGUUAUUGAGGAUAUGUAUGUGUACUUCUGAAUCCAAGCUUCGCUCUUCUUAACAAGCUUAUAAAAUUACUGUAUAGAAUGAUAUGAUUGAUUUUGAUCA